AUGGCUACCCCUAGUGUCCUAGCUUUUGACGCUGAGGGUCGUGCCAUUGACUUUGAGGUCUGGGUCGACGACCUGCAGCUGUUCUUACAGUGCGAUAGGGCAGACGGUCUUUCUCUCUUUGACCUCACCUCUGGCGCCGUCCCUGCCCCUGCUGCUGAUGCUGACGCCACUGUUCGCUCACAGUGGGCCACGCGCGAUGCUGCUGCACGUCUUGCUGUGCGUCGCCACCUGCCUACCGCUGAGCGCGCGCACUUUAGCCAGUACAAGAGUGCCCAGACCUUGUACGACGCUGUAGUUGCGCGCUACUCCUCCCCUGCCACUGCUGCACUGAGCCGCCUCAUGCUCCCCUUCCACUUCCCUGACCUUGCCGCCUUUCCCACUGUCGCUGAUCUCAUUACGCACCUCCGCACUAUCACUCGCCUCCCUGACUCCCUUCGUGUAGUCCGGGACCACUUUCUUGCGGUCUGUCCCACCACCCUCACAGUCGACAGCCUCGAGAAGGCCCUCCUAGCGGCGGAGAAGAGCAUAGUCGCUGUAGGAGCCUCUCGAGGUGACCCCCGCGCCCCCAUCUUUGAGGGGUGUUCUCCUUCCCCUCUCCUGCCCUCUGUCGCCUCUCCCGCUGCGGCCGACCUCGUUGGUCUUGAGCCGGUCGGUGCGGCGUCUGCCCCUAGCGGGAGACGCCGCUCUGGCAAGGGCAAGGGGGGCAAGGGAGCGGGUGGGGCCAGCGGGGGCGGUGGAGGUGGAGGUGGAGGCGGCGGAGGGAAUGGGGGUGGCGGUGGAGGUGGUGGCGGGGGUGGGGGUGCUAGUGGCGGCAGUACAGGCGGGGGUGGCGGCGGCGGUGGCGGUGGGAGCGGAGGUGGCGGAGGCGGCGGCGGUGGAGGCGGAGGCGGGGGCGGUGGAGGCGGAGGCGGGGGUGGUGGUGGUGGAGGUGGUCGGAGUGACGCUUCGCAGCGGAGCACCACUGGGGGUGGUCAGCGCCAGCAGCAGCAGCACCAGCAGCGUUCUCGCGACGUCCCCACCCCUCAGCAGCUCCGUGAGUGGUACACGCAGCGUCAGCGUGGUGGGGGUUUUGGUCCCUGCACCUACGUUCUUCGCACUGGCGACCGCGCUGGAGAGCAGUGUGGGGGUACCCACACCGCCCAGCGCUGCUUUGGCCGCCUGACGGACGCUUGGCGCCAGCAGUUCCCGGAGGCCGCGGAGAUCCCCCGCUGGGGAGAGCUGUCUAGGGCUGGUGUAGCUAUCUUUGAUCUUGACUUUGAUGCUAUCCUUGCUGCCAUGUAUGCUGUGACCAUUAGUGAUGACGGUGACUGUUACCGGUGUUUCCCGCCCGACCCGGGCAUUGGUACUGCUGCUCUAGGUGCCAGCGAGGCUUCUGCUCUAGGUGCCAAUGCGUCUGUGCUCUCAGGUACUGGUGAGGCUGCUCUCUCAGGUACUAGUGAGUCUGCGCUCUCAGGUACUGCGCCGGCUUUGGCCUCCCACACCUUCACCCUUGACUCUGGAGCGUCUCGCUCCUUCUUUCGGGACCGCACCACACUCACGCCGCUUAGUCGGCCGGUUGCAGUGUCCCUGGCUGACCCCUCUGGGGGUCAUGUUCUGUCUCGCUUCUCCACAGUCCUCCCGUGUCCGGCGGCUCCCUCUGGCACCCUGUCUGGUCUCUACCUCCCCUCCUUCUCUACGAACUUGGUGAGUGGUGCUGACCUACACGAUGCGGGAGUCCACCAGUUCACCCCUGCUUGUCAGCGAGUGACGCACUGCACAGAGGCUAGCACAGGUCGUCACCUGGCUAUGUUUACACGUCACCCAGGGUCGAGCCUGUACACACUGACCACUGCUUCUCCUCCAGUUCCUGAGUCUAGUAGGGGGCGCCAGCGUGCUGCCCCUCACUCCUCCCAGUUUCCUCCGACAGAGGCUCCGUUGCAGACGCUUCACAUGGACGUGUGGGGCCCUGCCCGCGUCCGUGGACUCGGUCACGAGUGCUACUUCCUGUUGGUGGUUGACGACUACUCGCGUUACACCACAGUCUUCCCCUUGCGCAGCAAGGGCGAUGUCACUGAGGUGCUGAUCGAUUGGAUCCGCGCAGCUCGUCUCCAGCUCAGGCAGAGCUUUGGCUCGGACUUUCCUGUGUUGCGUCGGCACUCGGACAGAGGCGGAGAGUUCUCCUCUGGCCUUCUGCGUGCCUACUGUCGUGCGCGAGGCAUCCGCCAGACCUUCACGCUUCCGGACUCACCGCAGCAAAAUGGGAUUGCAGAGCGCCGCAUUGGCAUGGUCAUGGACGUCGCUCGUACGUCUAUGAUGCAUGCGGCUGCCCCCCAUUUUCUGUGGCCGUUUGCGGUCAGGUACGCGGCGCAUCAGAUCAACCUCCACCCCAGGGUCUCCAGGCCGGAGACCUCCCCAGCCCUGCUGUGGACGGGGAAGGUUGGCGAUGCGUCGACGUUCCGGGUCUGGGGAUCUCGGGCGUUUGUCCGCGACUUGUCUGCGGACAAGCUGUCCCCUCGCGCUGCUCCCUGCGUCUUCCUGGGGUUCCCCCCCGACGCCCCUGGGUGGCAGUUCUACCACCCCACCUCUCGACGUGUUCUGUCCUCCCAGGACGUCACGUUCGACGAGUCGGUACCCUACUACCGCCUCUUCCCCUACCGCACUCCGUCCCUCCCCCCACCCCCGCUCUUCUUGGUACCAGGUCCCCACCCGGUAGACCCCCUUCCCCCUCAGGGUCCUGCCCCUUCAGGUGUGUCCCAGGUAGACGCGGUCGAGCCUGUCGAGGUCACUGGUGACUCUGGUGCUGCUGUGGGUGCUGAGCCUAGGGGUGCUGUGACUGGGGGUGCUGUGCCUGGGGGUGCUGGUCCUGGGGGUGCGGAGCCUAGGGGUGCUGAGCCUGGGGGUGCUGAGUCUGGGGGUGCUGAGCCUGGGGGUGCUGAGCCUGGGGGUGCUGAGCUUGGGGGUGCUGGGCCUGAGGGUGCUGAGCCUGGGGGUGCUGAGAUUGGAGGUGCUACGCCUGGAGGUGCUUUGCCUGGGAGUGCUGAGCCUGGAGGUUCUUCGCCUGGAGGUUCUCCAGGUGCUUCGCCUCGCCGAGAGCCACUCUCCCCACAGGAGCUGCGUGAGUGGUUUUCCCGGCGUUGGAGGCGUGCUACUGGUGCUGGAGGUUCUUUGGCUGCUGAGGGUGCUGCUGCCGCGGGUCCCGGGGGUGCUCGUACUGGGAGUACUGGAGCUGCUGGGCCUGCGGGUUCUCCUGGAGCUGGUGCUGCUGAGCGUGUUGGCGCUGAGACUACCGCAGGCGGUCCGACUGGCAGUGCUCCUGGUACUGCUGGGGGUUCUGGAGCUACUGGAGGUGCUGCUGGAGGUGCUGCUGGAGCGGGUGCUCCUGCUGGGGGUACUGGUGCUGUCCCUGCUGUUUCUGGCGUCGCCACGCGGCCCCGACCGUACUUCGUUCCGCUCCUGCAGCAGGUUCUUGCGUCGUGA